ACCACAUUGCCCAGGCUGGUCUCAAACUCCUGGGCUCAAGAGAUCUGCCUGACUCAGCCUCCCAAAGUAUCAGGAUUAUGGGUGCCCAGGGUGGCUCCGUGGCCCGCACGCUCCUGGAAGAUGGAACAUUCAAGGUUCGAGUGGUGACCCGAAACCCUGGGAAGAAGGCAGCAAAGGAGCUGAGGCUGCAAGGUGCAGAAGUAGUGAAGGGAGACCAAGAUGACCAGGUCAGCAUGGAGCUGGCCUUGAAUGGGGCUUACGCCACCUUCAUUGUGACCAAUUACUGGGAGAGCUGCAGCCAGGAGAAGGAGGUCAAGCAGGGAAAGCUGCUCGCUGAUCUGGCCAAGCGUCUGGGCCUCCACUAUGUGGUCUAUAGCGGCCUAGAGAACAUCAAGAAGCUGACGGCAGGGAGAUUGACCGCGGCGCACUUUGACGGCAAAGGAGAGGUGGAGGAAUAUUUCCGAGACAUCGGCGUUCCCAUGACCAGUGUGCGGCUGCCCUGCUAUUUCGAGAACUUCCUCUCCCACUUCUUGCCCCGGAAAGCCCCAGACGGAAAGAGCUACUUGCUGAGCCUGCCCACAGGUGACGUUCCCAUGGAUGGCAUGUCUGUGUCCGACCUGGGUCCCGUGGUGCUCAGCCUGCUGAAGAUGCCAGAAAAAUACAUCGGCCAGAACAUCGGGCUGAGUACUUGUAGGCACACGGCUGAGGAGUACGCUGCCCUGCUCACCAAGCACACCCACAAAGUCGUGCAUGAUGCCAAGAUGACUCCUGAGGACUAUGAAAAGCUUGGCUUUCCCGGGGCCCGGGACCUGGCAAACAUGUUCCGUUUCUAUGCCCUGAGACCCGACCAUGACAUCGAGCUGACCCUGAGACUCAACCCCAAGGCCCUGACGCUGGACCAGUGGCUGGAACAGCACAAAGGGGACUUCGCCCUGCUGUGACCUGCCCAUCUUGCAGCCCCUUGUGGGGGUUGGGGACACCAGAGGGGCAGAGGCACCGACAUCUGAAUAAAGCCAUUGUUCUCCCAGA